AUGACCGCGCCAGUGGAAACAGACGAUGCCGAAGCCUCGAUGAUAGACUUGACCAAGCCCUUCGACUUCAACUUUCGCCUUUUCAAUGUCGACUCGGAAUCGCGACAGUUGCACAAUCCACCACCUCCACCACAACCACAACGACCGCAACCCAAAACGCACGAGAAGAAGCGCGGCCAUGCUUCUUACGAGCUACUUGAAACUUCUCUUGUGACUUACUGGAAACCCUUUGGCCAAAGAAGGGGGGUCUGCCUCGGACCGGAAGAAACAUAUUUAUGUACCGGUUGCGAAAUAUGCGCGCCUUCAGAAUACGUAACAAACUCACAGCCAGAGUGUAAUAGGAUUCCACCCACAGCUGUCGCGAUGCCUCUACCCGAGAUGCCGAGCUACGAGAGGGUGAACUACGAACUGGCGCUAUUCAAGGCGAAUAUGGAGGAGCUACGACAGCAUCGAGCUUUCGCAUCCGAGUUGACUCAUCAAGAUCCUCAGCAGAUAGACCAAGUCCUCGAAGGGAAGACACCAGAGAAGCGAGAGAUAAGUCAGCGACAACUCAAAUCCGAUGGCGCAGCGGCAGUCCCAUGGUUAACAGAUCAAGUCUUCCCACUAAGAUCCAGCGACAUGGCGAUCAGGGACAAGUCGAUCAACGUCGCGCCGGGCGACAACACAAUUCAUGUCGCGACUGGUAAAGCGAACGGGAGUCCGCCGAAAGCUGCGACUGCAAGAGUACCUAAGAAGCCUCGUGUAGCAAAGGCAAACGGAAGCGACCCGCCGAAAAAGAGAGGCCGACCGCGCAAAUAUCCAUUGCCCGAGCCAAAACCACCGCCCGAGUCGAAACUACCCCAAUCAACACCAUCUCAAUCAACACUAUCCCAACCAACACCAGACAGCCAUGGAAAGGCAUAG